AUGUCGUCGGGCGUGCGGGCUGCCGCUAUCGAGCUGGUGCUGACUGAAGUUGGCGCAAACAACGCCCAGUUCUUGAAACUGGGCUUGCGGGUCUUCCCAACGGCAACGCCGGUUCAGUGCUACCGCAAGAUGCACGCCUUAGUGCAUCCAGACAAAAACCAGAACAGUCUGCGUGCCACACAAGCAGCGCAGCUCAUCGUCAAGUUGUGGGACGACAUGACCCGCGGUGAGUUGUCCCCGGAGUCUUGGGCAAGCAUGUUGCGGAGGCAACCCAUGACUGGCCUGGAGCUGAAGCUCAAAAUUCUUGUUGAGAACGAAGAACCGGCGGCUCCGAGAGUUGGCCCGAAGGCAUCGCCGCCGCCCAAGGCUGCAGCGCUGCGUGCUGGUCCGACGACUGUGGGCUUGGAUCAGUACAUGAGGGCGAGGAGGCAGGAGGCGAAUCCUCCAGCGGCGAAAUCCGCGCCGACUGAGGCCUGGCGCCGCAGAACUUUUGGAUGUACUUCAGCGCUUUGUGACGCCAGGCUACUACCGGGCCUGGAGAAGCUCCCUCGGAUGGGCAGGCCGGGGGGAUCAAAGACAUCAAAAGCAUCAAAUGUGUCUGAAUGCCGUCAGGAGCCCGCUUCUGCUGGUGCAGGCGCUGCACCGAGUGAGGCCGCGCCCCUCGGAAUCUCCUUUGACGUUUUUGAUGGGUUUGAUGUCCCGCCAGGCUGCCGGCUCUUCGUCAUCGCGCACUCCGCCUCCGAUGAUGGCUUCGUGGACUGCGAGGACCCCGACAUGCACGACGAGCACCCGUUCCAGUCCGCGCCCGCGGACCUGGACUUUGGGGACUGCAGGCUGCACUGGGAGGCUGUGUCCGUGGCGGGACUGGACCGCGCCCUGGCUUUGGACGCCGUGCGCCGCGCAGAUGCCUUGGACUUGUUUGAGGAGCUGUACUGGCUUCGGCAGAGAGCCACCAGGAUCUGCGGCAAGGUGGGCUAUGUGCCAGUGCUGCAGCGACAGGGCCGAGGACCGCCAGGCAUCCGAGCCCGCCUCUUCUCCGGCAUCGGCAAGCUCCCUCAGUUGCCGGAGUCCAACGGGAAGCGCAAAAAGAGCCAGGAGGAGCUGAAGGAAGCGGUCGCGAAGAGGGACGAGGCCAUCGAUAAGCUCCCGGUGGAGUUGCAGCGCGAGCUUGGCGCCAACGUGCCGGAGCGCUUCGUGGGGCGGAGCGCUUUCAGCUUCAGCAGGCUCACCCGUUGCAUGGCCCGCCAGGGCCUCGGAGCUCUGGAGGUCGAUGUGGCCAACAGCUACUUCCAGUUCCUCGUCAAGGACGUCCUGGCGGCUGAGGAGGCUCCCUUGAUCCGCGACUACGUCUGCAACCGCGAGGCCUGGCUGGAGCGCCUCGCGCAGGCAUUCCGGACGUGGCAGGAGUCCCAGGGCGCCAAGGUGACCAUCGACCGCAGCCACAUCAAGCGCUUGCUCAUCGGCAUCGGCUUCGGCGGCUGCUUCGCCAACUGGUGCUCCCGAGAGCUGGGCACCGUGCUGGAUGAGACGGACCUUGCGGAGGCCAAGAGCAUCCAGGGCUUGGAGAAUGAGGUCCGCCGAGCACACCGGCUCGUUUGGCGGCGACUGCCCGAGGCCACCCGCGCGUCGCUGAAGGGGAGCAGCGGCGGCCGUGCGGCCUUCUUCGCCUACGCGGACUGGGAGCGCAAGGUCCUGGAUGCCAUGGUGACCGCUGCAGGCACAUCCUUGCUGGCCCCGGAGCACGACGGUGUCUGCGUCUUUCCUGAAGCCCGAGACCGGGUCCUGAAGGCCGCGGCCGACCUUGGGGUCCAGGUGGCUGCGAAGCCGGUCCCCGACGCCGUGGAGACAGCCGCCGCUUUGCACCCGGAGUUUGACUGGCACCUUGAGGCCCGACUGCCCUACGGCGACUACCAGAAGCUGCGGCAGCGCUGCAAGGAGAACGUCGCCCGCGGCCGGGCGCGCGCCAACAACGGGGCGGACACCUACGAGUACUUCGGCCCGGACGGUGCGUGGGUGGAGGCCAAGAAGGAUCACUUGGGCCACUUGAUCCGGAGCUGCCUGAAGCGGCUUUACGGCAGCAUGGAGACUCCGCCCGAGCCCCUGAACGACAUCGGCUUCGCGACCUCCUUGACUCAGGCGGUGCUGGGCGGGCUGAGUGGCCGCACCUUCAAGCCGCUGAACGGGGACCACAGCCGCGGCAAGAUGCUCCUCGCCGACGGCAUCAUUGCCGACUUUGAGACCGGCGAGAUCCGACGGGCCCUUCCCCGGGACAGGAUGAGCCUGAGAGCGGCUGCUGGCUCGAAAAAGUGGCGGCCUCCCAUCGACACCGCCUUCUUCAAGCACGUCGAGGACUUCCUGGAGACGGGCGCCAACGAGCUGAAGGAGAACGAAGAGGGCCACCGGGUCAUCGCGGAACUGGAGUCUCUACUGCAGCACAGCGGCUGGCUCCGAAUGCUGAAGAACUACGGCAGCUGGGACCAGGUCCUUUACUUGCUGCGCCUGCACGCCCGGGCUCUCAGUGGCUACGCCCGCAUCUGUGAGCUGCUCUACAUGUAUGGCUGUGGCAGCAGCGGCAAGGACGUGAUCUUCCUCCCCUUGCUGACCUUCCUGGGGCACGAGGCCUUCAACUACGGGGCGAUCCUGCCCGGCCGCUUCGUCACGGCCUGCCGCUCCGCCGAGGCCAACGCGGCGACUCCCUUCCAGGACCAGCUCGCAGGGAAGAGGGGGGUGUGGGCAUCGGAGAUUCCCUCCCACGACAACCUCAACGAAGAGUUCAUGAAAGCUUUCUGCGAGCAGCAAGGGGCUCCGAUAGCAGGCCGAGCGCUCAACCGAGGCCCCCGCAGCUGGCGCCCGCAGGGCCUCCUCUUCUGCACAUCCAACCGCGCGCCCCGCGUGCAGAACUCCGAGGACGAUGGAUGGACCAGGAGGGCGAGAGUGUGGGAGACCCAGCACCGCUUCGUCGCGAACCCUUCCGGUCCUGCCGAGAGGAAGGGAGACGACGGCCUCAAGGCCCGGAUCCAGAGUGGGGCCUUCAACGCCGAGCUCCUGUACUUUGCCAUGGGGCUCUACGGCUCCCUCAAGGAACGAUGCAAUCCCGGCACGAUGUUGAUCCCCAUGCCCGCGGAGAUGCGGGACGUGCAGGCUGAGCUGGCCAAGGGCGGCGCCCAGCGCUGCGCCACGGACUUCAUCGAGAGCUGCUGCGACGUCGUGGAGGUGUACCAGGAAGGCACUCCGUGGGGCGCCAUCAAGGAGAUGUGCCGCGAGUUCUUGGGCUACGGACAGAGCGAGAUGUCCAAGGUCAACAUGGCGCUGACCCGGGCCAACGUCAGGCGCCACGCCGCCUGCAGCAAGAACAUCGCCCUCGGACCCAAGGGUGCCCUCCGCCUGAAGCCGCAGUUCGCAAACAGGGAUCCGUUCGCUCCCGCGGUGUAG